AUGGCCUCCACAAACUACAAGGAAGCGUUCUCCCUCUUCGACCGCCGCGGUACCGGCCGUGUCGCCGGUGAUCUGCUGGGCGACCUUCUCCGCGCUUGCGGACAGAAUCCCACUCUUGCUGAGAUCGGUGAUCUCGAGAAGUCUGUUGGACCUGAUUUCGACUUCGAUUCCUUCCUUAAGGUCCUUAACCGCCCGGGUGGUUUCCGUGAACCCGGCGAGCCAGAGGAAUACUGCCGCGGAUUCCAGGUAUUCGAUAAAGACAUGACGGGCUUCAUUGGUGUGGGACAGCUGCGCUACAUUCUCACCAACCUCGGCGAGAAGAUGUCCGAUGACGAAGUCGAUGAGCUCCUCAAGGCUGUUGAUACUAGCUCUGGCGAGAUCAACUACACUGAUCUUGUGCGCACCAUUUUGGCCAACUAG